GACAACAAGUCAAAACUAUUUGCCAACUUGUCAUUUUUAUUGUCUCUCUUUUGAUCGACGUGUGUCCCAUAUUUAUUGGUUCUUAAUCUGUGGUGUUUUCUUUCAAACUUCAAACUUAUAUGAACAUCAAGGCUAUUAAUAUGAUAUACAAGAAUUAAAUUCAUCUAACCGGCUUUUUACUUUCACCUUACUGAUUAAAAAAAACAUAAAAAAGCAAUGGAAUUUGUAGAUGAUAUAUACAGAGAUGUUGAUAUGAAGAAAAUAUGUAGAAUUUGUCUGGAAGCAACACAAAACAUGUCCUGUAACGUAUUUGACGAUGAUAUUGUACAAAAAAUUCAAUACUGCACUGGAAUUUUGUUCAAACAGGAACCGUACCUGUCGAAACUCGCCUGUGAUAUAUGCCUUACAAACCUAUCCAUAGCGUACAAAUUCAAAACUAUGUGCAUGUUAACUGAAGAAAGAGUAAAAAAUAAUUUAAACGCUGUUAAAAUAGAAAGAGAUGAUUACAGUGACAGUCUAGCAAUACUUGAUGAUAUGGAACAUGAUAGACUGAGCGAUGUUAUUAAAGAAGAGUCAAAAGAAGAAAGAGAGAGUGAGGUUGCUUGUGAUAGAGUAGAAGUGAGAAGGAGUCCACGGAGUAUAUCUAAGAAGUUGAAUGAAAAUAAAGAAGCGACAGUAAUAACCGAAAGGUCCUACCGCAAAAGAGGUGCGGCGCCAGCGAAAUUGAGAAAAUUCAAAUACAGGAGACUGUAUUGUGAGACAUGCAAGAUUGGAUUCAAAACUAAGGAGUUGUCGGAGGCACAUAAAAAGGAAGUCCAUAAAGAUACUGGAUGUAUUUGUGAGGUGUGCGGCAAGGUGUUCCCCCACCGGGCCGCCAUGUACAAGCACACCCAACUCCACAUGCCCGCGUGUCACAAGUGCGAGCAAUGCUCCUACUGCACGCCGCUCAAGUCCGACUUGAAGAAGCACGCAUACAUACAUACCGAUAUCAAACUCUACCGAUGCAGCGCGUGCCCGCUCGCGUUCAAAACAUCAUCAAAUCUGAAACAGCACGUGCUGAUACGCCACGAACAGAUCCGCAAAUACGCUUGCACCAUGUGCGACAAGAGAUUCUUCGAUUCGUCGAAACUGCAAAGACACACGGAUUCACAUAAUUCUGUUAGACGACAUCAAUGUGACAUAUGUCAAGCGCUUUUCACGCGGCGCUGUCAUUGGAAGCGCCACCUGUCAAAGCAGCACGAUAUCAUAAUUCCGAGGCAAAGGCCGGGCCGGCAGAAAAUGAAUGUACUCAUUGAAAAACUUUGUACGAAUAAUAAAACUGUUUGAUUGUU